AUGGAGAACCCUGCAAGAUCAGAUUCUGACACUGAUGGUCAAAGCAAAGAAGAGCUGCCAGUUGCCAAGAGGCUCUCACAAAAUGUUGAUUUGGAAUUCGCCUAUCUGCCCUUGCUAGCAUGCUGCUUUGUGUCCGGUCUCACAGACGGCACCAUUUACAACGCCUAUGGAACAUUUGUGUCAAUGCAAACAGGCAACACGAUUUUCGUAGCACUGGGCACAUCCGGGUACAAUAACAAGCCAUAUGGGUGGGCCAGGUCUCUCUGUUCCAUCGCAUUUUUCAUCAUUGGGUCUCUGGCAUUCUCCCGUUUCGCAUUGUACCUCGGUGGAAGACGACGGGGCAUUAUGACACUCUCGUUUCUUAUUCAGGCAAUUCUAGUCAUCGUUGCUGCCUCAAUUGUGCAAGGCGGCCUAGUAGAUGGCUCCUACCCGUCAAAGCGGCCCUCUACCGAUGUUGAUUUCAAGGAGCUCAUCAUUAUCGCGCUGCUGAGUUUUCAGGCCGCAGGCCAAAUUGUCAGCAGCCGCACGCUCAAGGUUGGCGAGGUUCCAACGGUCGUUGUCACAAGCAUGCUAUGUGACCUCAUGUCAGAUCCUGCAUUGUUUGCAUUGGCCAGGAAUAACAAGCGCAACCGGAGAUUUGUCGCCUUCGUACUGACGCUCUUAGGAGCGAUUUGUGGUGGUUGGAUCUCCAAGGCUGCUGGAGCUGUUGACCCAUCUCUUUGGACGGUCGCCGGCAUCAAGCUCGUCAUUGCGGGUGGCUGGCUAUUGUGGAAAGCCGAGCCCAAUUCCGUGGUUUAA